GUAGUGCCACAAAAAUUUGUACAUUUGUACCGUCGGUUCGGAGCGUUAUCAGUUGAGUUCGCUACACAGACGGUCGUUUUGAUUCCGCGGCUGCAACACGGCGCAAAUAUCAUCACCGCCCGAUGUCAUUAGUCAGUUGUAGUCCGCAUCUCUUCCUCAGUUCCACCGUGUAACCACUGUAAUCCGUCGUUGCCGUUUGGCUAUCCAACAUCUGACCACCGUUGACCGUUGUGAACCGUCUCCGUGGAUAAUAAUCGUACACUUCGACGUGACAUCCGUGCAUCGGCGGCAGUUAUGGCGACUUUUGACCGGUGCAUCGACGGCGGUGCUUCAUUUGUCGGACCCAUUGGAAUUCAGUGGCUGUUGUUCAUGUGGCACGUCGACGAUCAUGUUUUUACAUCGUUAACUGACCUGCCGCUGUAGUCUUUGCAUGCUGUCAACCUGGCUGGAUUUAUCUAUGAGCUAAUAUGGAUGAACCUUGCUCAAAAUAUGAUUUAAUGAUAAACAAUAACAAGCAAGUUGAAAAACCAUCUAAUCAAACAAAUUCAUCUUCUUGUAUAAAACUGAUAGAUGAAAACCAUUCUAAAACUGAUUCUGAAUCCGGUCUAUCAAUUAGAAAACAAGGACAUAAGGAAUGUUUAACUACAAUUCACACACCGGAUAAAAACAUAACUUCAACUUAUAAAUUACACAAUUUUUCUACUGUUAAUUUGAUUAAUUUUGUACCAAAAAUUGAUGAUUAUAAUAAACCAGUAAAAGUUAAAUCCCAAUGGACCCGUACAAGUCAAAUGGAGUUAGCAUUAGAAAAUUCUACUGAUAAAAAUGCUCUACCUUUGAAUAAUUUAUCUAAAUCUGAAAAUAUCAGCAAGAUAUUUACAAUGGAUGCUUCACCAGGAAACAGUAAAACAAAUCAAAUUGAUGACAAAUGUGAUAACGAUUCGGGACAAGUUAAAAGAAAAAGGGGUAGACCCAAAAAAAUAAUUAAUAUUACCGAUAAUGCAUCAAUCAUUUCAAAUAUUCGUAAUCCAAUUCAGACUAAUUCAGUUGCUGAUAUAGUACCUAAAAAUACUGAUGAAUCGAAAGUUAUCAAGAGAGGUCGAGGUAGACCGAGGAAAAAUAAAAUUACAUCAACUUCUAUUCAAAUAUCACCAAUUGUGUCGAAUACAACUCCAGUAAAUAAACAAAAAAUAACAAAACGUGGUGCCACCGUUAAAAAGAAGCAGAAUUUGCACAAACGAGGUCCACAACAUCCCUCAAAGUUGCCUGCUAGUAAAGUAAUAAAAACUAUGACUAAACGAUUAAAUCAACAAUUCCUAAGUUCUGAUACAAUAGAAGUAAAUGAAAACAGUCCUGAAUCUGGAGAGAGACCAUUUUCACCAAUUAUGUUAUUUCCAGCCAAUGGUAAUGAUUUUAAGUGUUUAACUAUAUCACGAUUUGCUGAUACCGAAAAAACACAACGGAUUACUUUGGCAAGAUGUGAUACAUUAAUUAAACAAGAAAACACUACAUUCAUUAAUUUUAUAGAAGACAAUGAUAACUCAAAUGGUCAAGAAAACACUACAUCUAUUAAUUUGUUAGAAGGAUGUAAUAAAUUAAAUAACCAAGAAAACACUACAUCCAUUAAUUUUUUAGAAGGUAAUAAUAAAACAAUUGUUCAAGAAAACACCACACCUGUUAAUUUUUUAGAAGGCUGUGAUAACUUAAAUAUACAAGUAAACACUACAAGCAUUAAUUUUUCGGAAGGAUGUAAUAUGUUAAAUGAACAAAAAAACACUACAUCUAUUAAUUUUUUAGAUGAUAAUGAUAAGUCAAAUAGUCAAGUAAACGAUACAUCUAUUAAUUAUUUAGAAGGACGAAAUAAAUUACAAGAACAAGUAAACACAACAUCUAUUAAUUUUUUAGACGAUAAUGAUAAGUCAAAUAGUCAAGUAAACACUACAUCUAUAAAUUUUUUAGAAAAAAGUAGUAAGCCAAACCAAGAUAAAAUUGAUUGUGUUUCUGGUACAAGAAGCAAAAUCGCCAAGUUUUUAAUUGAAAGUGAACAAGAUGUAUUCUCUGAACUUGAAAAAGUAGAUUGGAAUCCAGCACCAAAACGGAUUAGAUCAAACAGUGUUAAUGAGCCUACAAAAAUGAAAAAUCGAAGAAAUUCUCUUACUGAUAAUUUUAUGUUCCACCCUAUAAAGAAACCAAAAAAUAUCAUGCUUGAAAAUUUAAAGUUACUCAAAUCUUGGAAAAGUGUUUCUUAUUUAGAACGUGGACCAAAUGUACAGGUUGAAAAAAUCAUACAAGACGAGCUGGUUAAAAAAUUUAGAUCUAAAUUAAAACGUAGCAGAAGUUUUCCAAACUGUUUAUUUUUAGAUACAGUUAUCUGGAGAUUUCUAGUUCAAGAAUGUGAAGAUGAAUGUGAAUCAGAAGAUGAUGAUUUGGAUUCAGAUUCGGAUUCAGAUUCUGACUCUGAUAGGUGUACAAAUAGUGAGCCCAUACAGCAAUAUGAACAACCAGAAGAAAAAACCAACUAUACGUCUGGACAUUUUAAUGAUUUAAAUAUGUUCUGUUCUUCUAAUGAUCUACAAUCAUUCCAAAUACCUCCAAACAUAAGAGAUUUGGAAAAUUCUGAAUGUGAUCCACAGCAUUACCGAGAUUCUGAUAGUUUUGAAUGCUGUUCCCUUGAAAAUAGUAUGACUAUACAGCAAUAUGAACAACCAAAAGAAAAAACCGACUAUAUGUUUGGGAGCUUAGAUAAUUUAAAUAUGUUUCGUUCUUCUAAUAAUCUACAAUCAUUCCAAAUUCCCCCAAACAUGAGCAAUUUGAAAAUUUCUGAAAGUGAUCAAGAGGAAUCUGAAGGCAAGAUUAGACGAUCUAAGCGAUUAAAUACAAAAGUUAAGGAUACUGAUAUGUUAGAGGAAGAAUAUUUCUUAUCAUCUGAAAAUUUAAAAAUUGACUCUUUACUGUUAGCUGAUGAAAUUCGAAGAGACAAUGAAAUACAUUUAGCAGAAGCUAGAGCAAAUGACCCAGAGUUGGAUAAAAAAUUAAAAAAAUUGAACUUCAAAUUAAUAACUAACAAUUUGUUCAGGCCUCAUAGGAAAAAAAUGGGUGAGUAUACACCAGCAGAAGCACAAGAAUUACGGAGACUAAAACCAAGGAGAACUAUCAAUUCUGAUACUUAUAAAUGCCACUGUAAAUAUACAAAAAAAGACUGGAUUGAAAAAAAGCCUGGGUGUGCUACAGAGUGUUUGAAUCGUUUAUUGAAUAUUGAAUGUGGAAAAGCAUGUGUUUUGAAGUCAUUAUGUACAAACAAGCAAUUUCAAAAUAAACAAUUCAAACGUACUAAAAUUGUCAAAACUGCAAAUAAAGGUUAUGGUGUUUUUGCGCUUGAAGAUAUCCCAAGUGGAACAUUUGUUGAUGAAUAUAUGGGAGAAGUUAUAGAUCAAAGUGAAAUGAUAAAACGAAUGAAAAAAGUAUUGUAUAAAGAUAACAAUUAUAUGGUGCAAUUGAAACAUGAUGAAGUAAUUGAUGCUACGCGGAGAGGAAAUAUUACAAGAUUCAUAAACCAUAGCUGUGAACCAAACUGUGUUGCAGAAAAAUGGAAUGUGUUGGGUGAAUCUCGAAUGGGGUUUUUUAGCAAACAGUUCAUAAAAAAAGGAGAAGAAAUUACUUUUGAUUACAGCUUUGAAAUAUUUGGAGAUGCUGCACAGCAAAAGUGUUAUUGUGGCUCAUCAAAAUGUCGAGGAUUCAUAAGCAAAAAAUCGAGAACUGGAGAUCAAAGCAGUUCUGAGGAUAGCGAUGAACAUGAAGAUGACACUUCAACUGUUAGACCUGAUGAAUGUCAGGAAAAAAAACAAAAAAAAACUGAAAAAAUAUCAAAUAAAGAUAGAAAACGUUUAAAACAGCUUGAUCAACAGUUAACAGAUAUUAGUAAAUUGAAAAAUAAAAACCGUUCCGACUUGGAGAGUUCAACAUUAAAUUUAAAUAAGUUAAUGGUUCACAUUACAGAUUCAAUGAGUAGAUCGCAUAUUUUGAAAUUUAUUCGAGAUAAUGAUUUAAACUGUAAGAGGUUAUUUAUGAAUUUUAAUGGAUUGAAUAUAAUCCAUAGUUGGAUGACCUCAAAUAACAAUGAAAGCUUAAAAUUAGAAAUUGUUAAAACUCUUUCAGACCUUCCAAUUUCUAACAGAAAUACAAUAACAAAGUCAAAAGUUUUAGAUAUUGUUGCUCAAUGGGCCAAUAUUCCAUUAAACAUAAAAGAAGUUAUUGAAAAUUUAGACUAUCCAACAUCACAAAUUAAGGAGCACGAGCAAGAAAUUGAUAAAUUAUUACCGGAUGUAAACAAUCUAUCAUCAUUAGUUCAAGCAGCAAGAAUUUUAUGGAAAAAAUGGAUAAUUUUGAAAAUUGUUUUUAAAAUACCAAAAUUAGAUCGUCCAAAAGAAGUGAACUUUCCUGAUGAUGUUAUUCAACCACCCAUACUGUUUCCACAACCAGAAAUAAAUUCUGUUCCAUAUCAUUUUGGAAAUCCUACAGUUCCUAAUCAACCUUCUAAAACAAGUUGUGUGCAAAGCCAAGGUAAUGGUCAGACCAAUUAUGUGGAUGUAUUAAAAAACGUAACACAUCAUCCUGAUCAAAAAAUUAAUCGAGACAAGAACAAAACUGUUUUUGAAUGGAAUAAAAAACAAUGGGAUUAUUUGCCUUUUAAAACAAAGAAGGUUAUUACUCCUGCCAUGGUAAAUAAUUCAAUUAAUUCAGUUUUAAAUCCAAAACAAAGCAUAACAUCUACGUUUAAACCAAGAAUUAUUCACCAAGAAAUUCCAACAAUUGAAAGCAGCACACUUAGUAAAAAUAUGAAAUGGAGUGGCAUCACUGAAACUACCUCAACGGUCUAUGAAGUAACUGAUUCUACUGAAAAAGUGAAUUCUACUUGUACACAAGAUAUCAAAGUAGUUGAUGUUGAACCAAUUGUAUAUAACCCCAUUGAAGAAAUUAUAACCACCAACCAAACAUGGAAUUUACCCCCGCCAACCAUUGUUGAUCUUUGUAAUGGGUCUACUCUGCUAUCUAUGCUAAAAACAGUUCCUCCAUGUUUACCAAAUGACUUUAUUUCUAAUAUGCCUGAUGAAGCUAACCAAUGUUCAUUUUCUAAUGGUAAUACUCCUUGGUGUAUAAUGCGUCCUGAAAAUGUGAUGUAUGAUGCUCGACAUCCAAGCAUUCAAGAACAACUGGCUUUCUUACCGAUUGACGUAACACUCAAAAAAUCAACUAAAACUCAAUUAAAUAUACCAAAUACUAAUACAGAAAAAACAGAUUCCAAUAAAAACUACAAAGCUGUACAGCCACUAGAUGAUGGAAUGCGUGAAAAAUUAUUUAAACAAUGUAAAGAAAAUGUGCAACGAUUAGUUGAUAAAGGAAUAUUGAAUGUUUGUAAGACAGCUAGACAAAAUUAUGUAGAUCAGUCACCAAUUAAAAUACUCCAAUCAUUUUUUAAUAAAAAACUAGUGAAAACACCAAAUAUGUCACCUGAAGACAACCAAAAUCAAUAUGUUUUGCCAAACUUAAUCAAACGCAUAAAAGUAAUAAGUAAUUAUUAUCGAAAACAGCCAUCCAAAAUAAUUGAAAUAAAUAAUUUAGCAAAAUCAAAUUCUCAGAAAAGUAAAAAUGACAUAUUUAGAAUUAAGGAAGACCAAGGGACUGAAAUAACUGAUACAGCAUCCGCAGCUUUAACAUUACACAAUGAACAACUAAGAACUCUUCCUGAAAAACUCAACUUGAAUAAGAUGUUCAAUAAGAAAUCGUUAAAAGUAAAUACUAAAAAUAAAUUUGCACUUAAAAUUUUAAAUAGUAUGAUAAAACAUAAUUCAAGCAUGCCCAAAUCUUUUAUACUUCAAUUCUCAUCAGAUACCAAAAUAAUCACUCACAACCCUUCAAUUGAAUUAGAACUUCACUACAAAUUAAUUCCAUCAGUGCAAAAUAUUUUAUGUGCUAAAUUAAAUAGGGGAGUUGGAAAAGACAUCAUAAAUGUGUACAGACAAAAAAUUGUCAUGAAAUAUGAUGAAACAAAGGCUCCAGAACCAGUUACUCCAUCGGUAUUAAAAGGAAAUAUUGUUUUAUCGGGCAACAGUACAGAAAUACCUCAAUUUAAAAAGGGAAAAAGAAAAAUGCCUUUGCCACCUUUACACAACACAAAAACCAGGAAAAUGAUUGAUUUAUCAGUGAACAAUAUUAAUAAAUCCAGAAAUCAAGCUGCAAUAAUAGAUAAAACUAAUGAUAAUAUGGGUUUUCAAAAACCAAUGCCUUCUGUUAUUAAUAAAAACAACUGUCAACAGAUUAAUUCUUCUAUGAUCAGCCAAGAGCAAGAACCUAAAAUAUCAAGUAUUGAGCUGAUAAAUACAAAUUCAAAUGAAUUUAAACAGAAACCUAGUACAUCAAGUCAAAUAAUACCAAGUACUGUUUUCUUGAAAAUAGAUACAAAUGAUUUUAGAUUGGAACCUAGUACAUCAAGUCAUGUAGAACCAGAUAUUGAUCAAUUAAAAAUAAAUCUUAAUGAAUUAAGUGAAGAACCAUCAAAUCAAUUAAUCAUAAAUAUUACGUCGCCAAAAUCAAAUGCAAAUGAAAUUAGACAAAAACCUCUCAUGAAGUGUUUACCAUUCAAUAAAGUAGACAACAUUAUAAUAACUGAACUAGAAAAAAAUGCUAAAUUUUUAGCCUCAAGUUUAAGUAUGGAUUCCACUAAUGUUUUACCAUCAACAAGUAGUGCACUAAUUGACCCUAUCGUACAAAACUUCAAGAAUUCUAUUAGUCAAAAUAAAUCUAUGGUACGUGCAAAUCUUGUUGAUGAUCCUAUUGUGAGGGAUUAUAUAGAACGUACUCAUUUGCAAACACAUGAAACAAAACGUAAAUGUAAGCUACCAGAAAGUAUGAUGUCAUUACCUGUUGAAGUUCUUGACCUCAUACCAGACAAUCAAAGAGAAAUCAAGUAUGUAAUUGACUUUUAUCACGCUAUGGCUACAGUUAUUGUCAAAGUAUUAGACCUGUAUGUGAAGAAGAGUUGCAAACAAGGACGUAUAAAAAAUGAUGAUGAUUUCAAAUAUUUAGCAAAAAAGCUCAAUUCCAAUAUUUUAUUCAAAGAACUUCAAGUUAAAAAGGUAGAAGACUUAAGAAUUAGUGAUAGUGUCAAGCAGAAAGUCGAACAGUACAUUAAAAAAUAUAUGUUGAAGUAUGGAAAACUGUACAGAAGAAAAAGUACUGAUCAAUGAUCCUGUCUGCGAUAACAUUUUCAACUGAAUAGAAGAUUUUUUGGAUACUAUUCAUCAAAAUAGUAAAAUUAUUUUAUCAUUACAUAUUUUACUUUUAAACUUUCCAAGUAAAUUUUGCACUGCCAUAAACGAAUAAUCAAGGAAGAUACAUUUUGUUGGCAAAGCAGACUGCAGAAAAAAAUGUUUAUGUUACGUUUAACUUUUUCAUACCCAUAGUUUUUACAAUGUUGACAUAAUAUGACAUUUGAUAUUUACAUUUUAUAUUU